CUCACGCACUUGCACUGGCCGGCCGGCGCCUGCGUCCAGAGUAUCCAGCCCACCGACUGCGGCGGUCCGUGCUGCCUGAGGGAAGACGGCGGAGAAGUGCGCACACCGCGGAGAGGACGUGGCUCGAUGGGAUCACUGCCUGCGCAGUAGCCACCCCCGAGCCGCCCCCAAGCCGCCCCCAGCGCUCGCGGCCCCCACGCCGCCCCCAACACUCAUCUCUCGGCGCCCUCGACAGGCGCGACAGGCGCGACAGCAUGGAGGCGCGACUGGCCACGGCGCUGUGCGCGCUCGCGACCCUGCAGGCCGCAGUGGCGCCGCGCGGCGGCUCCGCGCCGCACCACCGCCAGAAGCGCAUCCUCUGGAUCACGGACGACGGGCGCCUGGCGCUGCCGCCCGGCACGGCGCUGGUCAUCACGCCCUCGCUCACCAUGCCCUUCGUGCGCUACCCGCCCGACGGCUUCCUCUCCAACAUGUCCAUCAGCCUGCCCUUCACCAUAAACUUCGACAAGCUGGGGCUGACGGACAACAUGAACCCGUACGGCGUGCUGCCGCCCUACCUGGCGCGCAGCGCGGGGCGCAUGUCCGGCCUGCUGCUGGCCGACUACGUGGGCAAGGUGCUGGCCCGGCGGCGGCACUCCCGCGAGGCGCCGCCCCCGCCGCCCCCGGGGCACGCCGGCUUCCACGGCGGCGAGAGGGCGCUGCUGUACGCGGCGGUGGAGGACUUCCUGGCCAGCUUCAACCUGGACGGCAAGGCGUGCCUGCUGCGCGCCAUCUGCGAGGUGCACGGCGCCGCGCCGCGCCGCUACGGCCUGCUGGGCGAGAUGCUGCAGCUCUUCUUCACGGCCAGCAAGUCGCCCUUCGCCGCGCUGCUGGGAGACUACGUGCAGGCGGAGCGCGCGGGCGGCGACCACGGCGACUGCUGGCGCUACUACAAGGACUGCCCCCAGUCGCUGUUCGCUGCGCGCCAGGAGAACAAGUACAGGGAAGACGCGGCGCCGCAUGACGACGAAAACGAAGCAGACAUCGAGACGAACGAAGUGCUCGGCGAAGCAGACGCGAGGACUUCCAAAGUGACGCUUAGCCCGCCGGAGCGACACACGGAGUUCAUGUGACAGUGUCGCGGCAGCCGGUGUUACCUGAUGCGCCGCGCCAGCACGACCAGACACUCGCGUCCUCAGUGCAGCCCUCGUCCUCAUUCAGAAACUGGAGCCAGUGACUGCACUCAGUUGGUCGAUGCGUGAUUUGCUAAAGCGCUUACAAGGGAUGUGUGAUUUAGAUUCAUGUAAUCACUAAAGCAUUUUUUUUUACGAACGACUUAGGUAGUAGUAAAACGACAGCAUUUAAGUGAUAUUGAAACAUAAAAUCAUACUCAAGCAUUAACAAUUCAACUAUUAUCAAUAUGUUCACCAAAAUAAGUAGGCGUUGUGAAACUGUGAAACAGUUAGUAAAAUGCUCAAUGUAUUUUUAGUUGAUGUGCGUAGCUGUAGACAUGUGAAUAUAUGUAGUAAACAUAGUGUCUUACACAGUCAAUUACAUUGUAUUCUAGCAUGCCAGAGUUUUGAUGUGAUCAAAUGUAUGUUUCCUGACGUUAAAAAAUUCUUUAAUGCAGUAAAGCAUCGAGAAUCAUAAUAAACGAAAUUUUUUUUUAAUACGGUUAAACACGUCUAAGAAAACUUUCGGCGGGUGAAUUAACACUUAGUGUUUUUGUUGAAGUGAGUUCUCCAGUGUUUUCAAGAGUAAGAUACCAUAGAACUAGCGAUAUAAGAGGAGGUCAGGAGGUAGCAGGAAACAAGAUACAUCACUCAACUUCGAAAGAAACCUGCAUCUGCUCAGUCGUCUCAAGAGAGCCAAUUAAAAUCAGAUACCAAAACUGAACACCUUUGUUGUUUACAUUGUUAGUUUUGUGCAUUAAAAAUGUGCCAUGGGUAAAGAACCAAAUCUCCGGUUAUAUGAUGUUCAAAAAAUUAAUUCAUCUACUACACAUAAAAAAUAUAUGUAAUAUAUGUGUAUAAUAAAUAUAUGUGUAAAAAUAAGUCUAGUAAUUGUUCAGAAAUACGCCUUUAUGUAAAUAAGUGUAUAACAUUUUUUACUUAAUUCACACAUCAUAGUGUUAUAACUUCGUUAUUAUUACAGUAAAUAUACAGACUUUUCAACGAAAUAUUAAACUCAAAUAAAAUAGGAAUUCUUCAUUACUUGAAUAAGUGAAUCUUCGCGAAACGACACCGUAUUUUAACUCUCCCGUUGCAUGUUUUCUUCUAAACAAAGGUAAACAAACACACGUGGACAAAAAAGAGUGUUCUUGCUGUGAACAACCAGUUUUCAAAUAUUUUGAUGAUAUACCAAGAAUAGUCUUUUAAAUUGAAUUUCAGACAAAGGUAACUCAGUGUCCAUAAAUUUACGAAAAUAUCCGUAAAUUUACGAAGAUCCCUGAAUAGUAUGUAACCAGCCUUCUUCGUAAAUUAAAGGUGAAAAUUUUGAACAGUGCAGUUUUUACGGAUGGCCUACUUGAUUCGGUGUUGUAGUGUCCAUUUCUUACGGUCAUGCUUCUUGAAUAAUCUACAAGGGCUUAAUGAAAUAAAUAAUAUUUUGUCAUGGGUUAAUUGAGCAGACACAAGAUUCCUAUAAGAUUAAAUAUUACUUGGAAAGUGUUGUGGUGUCAUUUUUGUGUUUAGUUAAAAUUUAAUACUUAUAAUUAUUGGUACCAGUGGAUUCUGAAAACAAGGAGUUAUUUCAUAUAAUUUUCAUACCCAAUAUGUUUAUAAACCAACAUGGGUGUAUUCAUUUUAUUGACUCGAUGGUAAAUUAUGCCGAUGAAUAAAUAUAUAUUUUUUUCUACAUAUUUUAAGUAUAUAAAAUAUUUUAAAAAUCUGGACUUGUUUGAACAAUAUUUUUCUCAAUAUGGAUCCACAACUGAGUAUGCAUUUUGCACGUAAUGUGCACUUACUGUUAUAACUGAAAGAGGACUACAAUACAAUAGUAUGAAGAACUUUAAAGAAUAUUAUUUAUUUAUAAUGAUAAACUGCCUUAUCGCAGUAGAUUAUUUCGGCUACUCGAUAUAUUGAACAUGUUUAUAUUUUGGUUACUGUCAUAUCACGGGCUUUGCCAAAUCAAUUUUUAUGGGUCAAAAUAUCUUUGAAAAAAAUGAUAAACACUCUUGAAUCAGUUCUGAUGUGAGUUAAAAUGAUCUUAAUCAAAAUCAAGCUAACUAUAAAGCUAUAAAGUCUAGGAAAUUUACUAACUUGACACUUUACUUUUAAAAAAAUAAUAACAGAGCAGUACUGCUCUAUAAAUCAACAACCUGUAGGUCAAAAUAAAAGUAAAAUUGUUUAUAACUAGGCACCACCAGUUUUAUGUUGUAGAAUUUACUACAAAAUUGUGCUUUACUACGACACAGAAAAUCUCCUGUUUUUAAGAAGCAAAGAGACCUUUGUAAUCCAUUCAAGCCACUUAAAUUUUAUAAUGUUUUGAAUUAAAUUUAUUUGUGCAUUCACACCUUGAUUUUGAAAUAGUAAUUGAGUUUUCAACGUUUCGUGACUUAAGUACAAAGAUUUGUAAAAAUGUUAUAACUAUUUAUUUAUAUUUUAAAAAUUAUUGCUAUUAAAAAUGUACGUUAAAAUACUAACAAUGCUGAACAAAAUGAAAAAGGGAGGUAGCUGUCAUAAAUUUUAUCUUAAAAUUAAGUUUAGGAAUAUUUCACUAUCACUUGUAUAUGUGUUAAACCAGACCAAUGUUAAAGCAACCACGCCAAUUAUGCGGUGUGUGUAACUUUUCCGUCAUGUGAAGCAAGGUUUCUUAUUUUACUACGUUGUGAAUUCGUAGAAUAUGGUUGUAGCAUUUUAUUGUAUUAACUUUAAUCCGUUUUGGUCGAAGAAAAAUUGUAUUUACGUGCCUGCAGCAUAAAAUAUUAGGUUCUUGUUUUAAAGGAAGGAAUUUUACUUUUAAUAUACCGUUGAAGAGUCAACAUACUUUUGUUGGAGUUUGUCUUAAGAUAUUAUAA